AUGGGUGUUCACGCCUUAUGGGACGUUGUUGGCCCCACUGCUAAGCCCGUGCGCCUGGAAUCGCUCUCCGAUAAGCGCCUUGCCGUGGAUGCCUCCAUCUGGAUAUACCAGUUUCUCAAAGCCGUGCGUGACAAAGAGGGCAAUGCCAUGCGCUACUCGCAUGUUGUCGGCUUCUUCCGUCGUAUUUGCAAACUGCUCUACUUCGGUAUCAAGCCCGUAUUUGUAUUUGACGGUGGCGCGCCCGUACUCAAGCGCCGCACCAUCCAACAACGCAAGGAGCGCCGCCAAGGCAGGCGCGAUAACGCCGCUAGCACGGCGCGCAAACUGUUAGCGUUGCAAUUACACAAUCGCAACUCUCGCUCUGAAACCAAUGCGCCGGCCGCAUCGAAGGUUUCCCCAUCCCCAUCAGCCACAGCCGCCUCCAGCUCCGAACCUUAUCUUUUCAAGCCCAACGACGAGUACCAUCUGCCACAGAUACCCGGUUUUAAGUAUGAUAAAGACGACGCUCGUGUUAACACAGAAGAUGCGGAUUUCAAGACUGUCCUGGAAAACAUGGACGAGCUCGACGGCAUAGACCUCGAUUCCAUCAACCCGGCCUCCAAAGAGUUUGAUGAAUUGCCAAAAUCUACCCAAUACAUGAUUUUAUCUGCUUUGCGACUCAAGUCACGUCUGAGAAUGGGUUACUCGAAGGAACAACUUGAAAAGAUAUUCCCGGACAGUAUGGAUUUCUCCAAGUUCCAAAUCGAUAUGGUGAAGAGACGCAAUUUCUUCACCCAAAAGCUCAUGAACAUCACCAAUAUGCACGAUGGGGGAGCCUCGAAGCUCGAUCAGGAAGUAAUACGGAGAGUUGAAGGCCAACGUGGUAAGCAAUACCAGCUCAUUAGAACUGAUAAUGGCUGGGCCCUCAGUCUUGAAGGUAACGAUGGCUCCGACCCGAACAAGGCGAUUUUACUGGACGGUCACAAUGGCCAAAACUCAAGUCCGCGUACUCAUGAUGAUGAUGAUGAUGAUGAUGAUGAUGAUGUAGAAUGGGAAGAAGUUGAGAUGACCCACGACACAAACGAAAAACCUACAGAUUAUUCAAUAAAAGCAUCAUUGCUACCGCACUUGGGGGAAGCUACACAAGCUGGAGGGGGGCAGUCCUUUUUGGAUAAAAGGUAUGAUACGUCAAUUCCAGAAGCACAUCAAAGAAAAGUAACGUAUGUCAGAGACACUGAACUUCUUGACGACGGCAAUGACGAUAGUGAUGACCUUCUGGAAUAUGAUAGAGAAAUUAGUAUCAUGGAAAAUCUGCAAAAAUCUAGGGCUGCAAACGCCAGGCAAACAUUUAUUGCAGAGAGUCGGCCUCACGUUGGAAUAGACGUAAAAAAUACGGCAAAAAUAACUGAGGAAUUGGUACCUACGGAUCAAGUCGAAAGCUCCCAUACAAGCGAAUCAACUUCGAUGGAGAAGGGCUCUCCCGGCAUUCAAGUUGAAAGGGCGAAUACGGAUAAACCAAUUUCUGUGAAUCAGCCUUCUACUGCGGAGCAGCCUUAUCUUGCUCUCCCACCUCAACAAUCUGCAUUACAAAAUCUUCCUGCCAACUCGGAAGACGUAGAAUCACCGCCUGCCGAAAUGAAUAAUCAUUCACCCAUAAGCUACAAAACUACCGGGCUUGUCACAACACAUAAUCCCAAAGAUUCGAUACCAGCUGAAGAAGUGACCUUUCCUACAGAAUCUGAACAAAACUUGCAACACAUUGUGAGCAAAAUACCUGAUUUCAAUUUUUCUGGUGAAUCAUUAUUGUUCAACAGGCAGGCACAACCACAGGAGGAGAGCUCCUCUACGAAAAACACAGGCAACGAUACCCAACAUCAGCAGCAUACUCCAGAAUGGUUUAAGACUACUUCCAUUUCUGCAUCCGCGCCUAAUUACAACCCUUAUAAUGUCAGCUCUUUUAUUACCGAUGCAACCGAUGACAAAAGAGAAUCUGCUCGAACCAAGGAUGAAACUUUGGGUUUGAUCUCGGGAUCAAUGGCUGAAGAACUCAUCAACGACCGUGCUCGUUCGCAAAAGCGUUCUCAUGAGAGUGAAUCAGAAGAUGACUUAGUUGAGAUAAUUUCUGAGAAUAAGCAGGUUACACCCAUCGAAUCCGAACCCGUAGCCCAAGAUCAAGCUCCAAGUAGUAAUGGGGACGAUAGCAAACAACGUAAGGAGAAUGUUCCAAAUAUCCCGAUUGUAGAUUAUGAUUUCUCUGAGGAUGAAGAAGACGCCUUAGUGGAGCAGUUAAGACAGGAAGAGCAAGAGUACAACUCUUUUAGAACUUCGCUAAAUCCUCAUGUUACAAAUGCUACCUUUCUUGAAGAAGAACUGACAGAGCAACAAAUGAAGGAAAAGAGAGAUUCCGACGAAGUUACCGCUGCCAUGGUCGCUGAAGUGCAGAGUCUUCUUUCAAAAUUCGGUAUACCCUAUGUGACGGCGCCAAUGGAAGCUGAAGCACAAUGUGCUGAAUUACUCACUUUGAGACUAGUUGAUGGAAUAAUUACCGACGAUAGUGAUAUUUUCCUUUUUGGUGGCGAUAAAGUGUAUAAGAACAUGUUUCAUGAAAAAAAUUACGUGGAGUUCUAUCAGGCCGGUGUUCUUGCAAAAGAGUUAGGCUUGGAUAGGGAUAAAUUCAUUGAACUCGCUCAACUUUUGGGAAGCGAUUACACCAACGGUGUAAAGGGAGUAGGACCCGUUUCUGCGAUGGAAAUCUUGGCAGAAUUUGGAAAUCUGGCUGCCUUUAGAGAUUGGUACAAUGAGGGUCAAUUCAAUACCAAAUUACAGAAGAAAGAGUCUACUUUUCAGAAGAAUCUCAGAAAACGCCUGGUAACAAAUGAGGUAAUCUUAGAUUCCGAUUUCCCAAGCGAAAUUGUUAGAGAGGCCUAUAUACGGCCCGAUGUAGACCAUGACACGACCAAAUUCGUUUGGGGAGUUCCUGAUCUAGACAUGUUAAGAGUUUAUCUUCAUUCAACAAUCGGAUGGCCGCAAGAAAAGUCAGAUGAGGUCUUGAUACCAUUAAUAAAAGAGAUCAACAAUAGGAAAAAAACCGGGACGCAAAAAACAUUGACAAGUUUUUUCCCCACAGAAUACAUUAAAGCCAGCAAAGACCUCAAAUUGAGUAAAAGAAUCAAAAACGCUAGUGGCAAGCUUAAAAAGCAGCGUACCGAAUAA